AUGCUAAAACAGCAAGGUAUAAUAAAGAAAGUGAAACUAGUUAGCGAAAAAAGAAGAAGCGAAAUAUGGGGAAAAUUUCUGACGCAACAAGGGGAAUACACAGAGUGGUAUUGUAUCAUUCAAAGAAACUGUAUAUUGAUGCGACAGAUUUAUUAUAAAUCACCGAUAUUAUAUUCCUGUGGAUUUCGCAAUAGCUGUAAUAUUGUCGAUGCUUGCAGUCUGCCAUUUCAGGAUGGAAGCUCGGGUGUGAUAGUGGCAGUGAACGAUGAACAAAAUGAUGAAUAUUUUCUGGCAUAUUAUAGUGUCAAAAUGUGUAGAAUUGUCAAGAAAAUAUUAAUGCGCAGAAAGAUCACUAAAGUUGUAACAGUUCUGGAUGCAACAAAAAAGAAUGAAAUUGAAUGUUUGCAUGAAAAUUUAAAGAAUUUUUCACACCUGAUAGCAGUUGGCACCUAUGGUGGAGACUGUUUUUUGGUACAUUUUGGAAUCGAUUUGCCAAAUGAAUCUGAUACGGAAUUGAGAAAGCCACCCUUUUGUAGCAAUUUGUGCAAACCAUUUGUUUCUGAUGGACGAUUUAAUUUCGUGGCCGCUAACGGUGCAACAUAUCCUGUUAGUGUCGAUGAAAUACACGUCACAGCAGUGACUUACUUGGAACGAUGCAAAACAGUUGUGAUUGGUUUUUCUUGUGGUGCUUUUAUCACUGUUAAUCUUUUUAAUGGCAAUGAUGCAUCAUAUUAUUACUCGUCUUCUCCAGUUUACAGCUUUUCAUGCCAAGAACCAAUGGAUGAUCCACGUCCUGUAUUAUACCUCUGGGUUGCCUAUUCUAAAGGAAUGCAAAAAAAUCCAAACGCAAUAUUAUUUGUGAUUAAUUUUCCAAACGAUGAAGGACAUCCUCCUAAUGAGUGGACUUUCAAUGAUUUAGUGAUUAUAAAUUACCUUACGUGGUGUCCUGAAGAGUGCAUUGAAUGGCUUUCUUUCCGAACUGUUGUAUCAUCUCCUUCCAGAGAAUAUGCUACAAGGAAUAGCAUUUCGGAACGAUUAUUGAGCACCGAGGAAUCAUUUCUACGUGUAAAUAUGACUGAUACUUCGCGCAUAUUAAUGGUUUGGAAAACUACUAAGAACACUAUUAAGGGUGCACUUUUCGACUUGAACGCCUUUUAUUACAAACGCUUGCCUCGACAAGUCAUUUUUACAGAACGAUAUAUGAAGCUUAACCCUUUCCUGUCCUUGUUUACAUUACCGAUCGCAAAUGAUCAGUUAACUUGUCUUGAUUAUUUGGUAAAUUUUUCUGGUGUCUGGCAGCACCAAAGUCCAUAUAGCGAAACAAAUGACUUUUUUAUAUUUGCACCAUCAUAUUCAUUCGAAAUUAUCACGUUUGAUGGGAACCGCGAAUUUACGAUAUUCGUGCCGUCUAUGCAGAAAGUUGUAUUAAAAUGGCUUGAUGAAAAUUUCGAUGAUGCAAUUGGACAGAAGUCUGAUCUUGCAUGCGCAUAUUUGAAUGCAGUUGGUCUUGCAAAAACACCUGCUGAUAUCUUCGAAAGCAGUCAAACGUCAACAGUGCCGCUAGAAAAUGAAUCCGUAAUCAUCUCAUCACUACUAUUUAAUGGUCAAAUCAACGAUACACUUAAAAAACAUAUUAUCGCGUGUCCAAGCUAUGAUACAAUCCAUCAGAUCGCUUCACUUAUAUGGAAAGAAGUCGUUAAUGCAAAACAAAAAUUCGAUGAACUUUCAGAGCCAUGGUUUGAUCGUAUUCCGCGAGCAUUAUCAGCUGCAGACAUGUACUGGUUGCGAAACAGUGCAGGAAUUUUUCAUUAUGCUGCUGAGCUGUUUGCUGAAAUUUCGAAAAGAGUACCAUCAGAAAAGAUUGCAGAAGCAACUACUUCAAAUUAUAAUAUGGUGGCGUCUAGAAAUUUGGUUUUUUACACGAAUGUAGUGUUUCUUUUCCAUUAUGUUGGAUUGCUUCCAAUAAAAAAUUACACUGCUGUUAAUGCUCGCAUGAAAGCAAAAGUGGAUGAACGUAAAAAACGUUUAGCUCCAGGCAGUAAGCUAUAUAUAAUAAAUUUGCUGGAAGAAAUGCAAAGUGCUUGUCCUAACGAAAUUUUUUGGUCUGGUCUAACUGCCGAUGAAUGGUAUCCACCGAAUUCAAUUGGUGUAAGUUCUAGUGAUACUGGGAACUUUUGA